CGUCUGUCAUGGCGUUGCUUUUCUUUUCUGUUUCAGUAAAGCUGAGCACGUCUCGGGCAUUUCUUCAAAUCACAUAUUCAAAACACUGUUUAUAAUUAAAUCUGCUGUCAUUUUGUGUGGAAUACGGAUAGAAGAUGCCUCCAAAGAGGAGAGGACCUCUUCAAAACAUCCAAAGAGAGACAGAUGACAUAAAAAGAAGGGUCGACGCUUUUGUGCAGCAGGCUGGAAUAUUGAGUGCAUCAGACAGGACAGACACCUUAGAGAGGUGCAGAGAGUUACAGCGCACGGUUGAGGGUACUAUGAAGAAUCUAAAGCAAUUAACAAAAGCAGAUGAGCCAGCUCCAGUGGGGAACUAUGACCAAUCUAAGAGGGAAGAAGAGAGGCGUCUGAUGACUCUACAGGAGCGUCUGCAUUCCCUGGCUCUUGAACUACAACCUCAGGAUGAAAUGGAUGGACCUAGUUCAUCCCAUGCAGAGCAAGAGAGUGAGGAGGAUGACAGCGAUGAUGAAGAUGAGAGUUUAGAGGAAGACGAUGCUGAAGAAGUAGUACAUGAUGAUGAUGAUGAUGAUGAUGAUGAUGCUGACAGUGGUGAUGAGGAUAUAGAUAUCGGUCCAUCUGCAACAGGACAGGGUUCUAUCUCCUAUGUUGCUCUCAGUGUAUUCACUGGAGAGGAGGAGGGGGACCUCAGUAUCCAGAAAGGAGAAGUUUUGAACGUUCUCUCAAAGAGUAAGGAUGGAUGGUGGCUGGCUCAGAACUCAAAAGGACAGAAGGGUCUGGUGCCCAAAACCUUCCUCAAGAUGGCUUCACAACAGGAAAGCAAGAGAGAGAAUGAUGAUGAGGGGGAGAGUGAGGAAGAGCAUGAGUCUGAGACCCAUGACACAAAGUCCAGCAAAACAUCCAAUUGGAACGCAGUUCGGAAGGCUGUUACUGAGCUAGAUGCCACAGAUGUGCUGGCAGCAAUGGGUGCAAUUCCUCCAGGCUUCAGACCCUCCACUCUUUCCAGAUUUCUGGAGGAAGGGACUUCUUACAGGGCAAGUCACUUUAUUCAGCCCAAGCUUAGUCAAUCACAACUCUCCUUUAAAGACCUCCAUCUGGACCCAGACACUGGCAAGGUUCAUGAGUGUCCAUCUCGAUUGAGUUUAACCCUAACCCUUUGGAGCUGUAGAAUGAUUCCACCCCCGGGGGUUGGGUUACAGGUGCUCAGCAGGCAUGUUCGUCUCUGUGCAUUUAAUGGAACCCAGGUUCUGAGUAACAUUCACACAGUCAGAGCCACUUACAAUUCAAAGAGCCCAAAGACCUGGAGCUUUUCCCCAAGGAUGACUGGGAUGCUGCCCUGCCUACUGGAUGGUGACUGUUUCCUGCGUUGUGACUCUGAAUCUCCUGAUCUCGGGAUUCUGUUUGAAUUGGGUGUAACCUACAUAAGAAAUUCCACAGGGGAGAGAGGAGAUCUCAGCUGUGGCUGGGCCUUCCUUAAACUGUUUGAUGAAAGUGGAGCCCCCAUUGCCCAACGGACUCAAGAGCUCACUAUUCAUGGUGGCACACCAUUUGAGAGAGACACUGAUAUGGGUGCUACAUCCACAAAGAAAGGGAAUCCCACUGGUGUGCUUCAGCAGAUGUUGCUGUCCAGGAAGCAGCCCAAACUCCUUGUUAAGCUCAAAUCAGUAAACACACGCAACAGAGAACUUCUGAAUCUGCUGCCAGCCACUAUAGUUGGAAGUUUGUCCACACUACUUCUCCUGGCAAUAUAUAGGCAAAUUCUUGCCGAUGCUCUUUUACUGGACAGAGUCACUAUGCAGAGUGCAGAUCUGAUCUGCAGUUCAAUUCUAGCUUCCUUUCCUGACGUUCUAGAUCAGCCGGACCUAAUGGAUGCAUUUAGGAAGUCAUGGACAGAAUCAGCGAGUAACCUGAAAAGAUCUGAUAAGAGGGACAUUAAUGUGUUAAAGCAGAUGUUUGUGACGGUGUACAUGGGCAGUGUGUUUCCAUUGUUGUACUCUGCGGAGAUGCCCGCUUCCUGCUGGGCUGAUGAGGCGGUGGAGUCUCGACGUGCUCAUCUCAUCUAUAGCCCUUCCCAAAAAGUCACAGUAGAAACUAUGCUGUCAUCCCAAUACAUGCAUCAAGCCUUUGACAUCACACAGGUCUCCUAUGACCUCAUCAGUAGUGCCCAGCACUAGAGACUGACCUGUCACGUGCCACCCUGGUCCUUUUACAGCCAAGUGUCUUGUCGCCAUGAAUCCUAAUAUCAAUACCAGAAAUGCCAAAUGAAGGAAAUAAACUGUUCUACAAUCUAAUUAAUCAUAUCUGUUCUAAAGUCUAUGAAACAAAUCUUUGGAAAAUGUUUUUUUUUAUUUUAUUUAAAUACUAAAAACACAAAUAAAUUGUUGUUCUGUUAUAACUUUGUUUAAAGGGUUAGUUCACCCAAAAAUGAAAAUUAUUCCAUA